UCCUGUUCCAUCUUCUCAAUAUCCACUCACCCUUUUGUGCUGCCACUAACAAAACAGCACUUCAACCUCAAAUUUUCAACCUUUGCUCAUUCAUGUCCCUUCUUCCUUCACUGCAAACACCCAAUGUUCCUUUCCAUCCUAACUACUAGUCAUUCUCGCAACCAGCAAAAAGGAGAAUGGUUAGCAGGAAGUUUCAAGGCUGAGAACUUCAUUCCAGUGCUUAUUAUAGGUUUCAUUUUUGGUCUGUUGUUGGAUUUAUCAAAGCCCAGUAGAAAUCACUUGUCCAAGAAAAUGUUCUCAUCUGCCAAACCUCAACAACAGCAACUCGCAGUCUCAAGCAAUGGUGAUCAAGAACUUAAAAUGGUUCUGGUUGUACAACAAGACCCAAAUAUGAAAUCCGGAAAGAUUGCAUCUCAAUGUGCUCAUGCUGCCACUGGCAUUUAUGCAGAAUUAAUGCAAAGUGAUCGGUGUCUUUUGAGAAGAUGGGAUCAGUGUGGCCAGCCCAAAAUUGUUGUGACUUGCAGGAAUCAACAAGAAAUGAAUAAACUGACGGAAGCAGCUGAGAGUAUUCACCUUCCUACUUUUGUUGUUGCUGAUGUUGGACGAACACAGGAGAUGUAUGCUUUAUACUGUUCAAGAAGGCGGUGGAGGCGAAAUCUUACCAGAGGUUGUCUGGUGCGGACAGGAAGAAGUUGAGACGAAGCAUUAAGGACAAAUUCCCAAGGGUUUUUUAUUCCGAUUUAGAUGCCUUGCUUCCUCCCAAGACUAGUAGAUUCCUUUAUUCUCUUGGACAAGAACCUACUUUACCAGGAAAUGCCAAGUUUUUGCUCCAGCCAAUUAAUCAUAAAUUUGAUCAUAGUUAUGUCACAAGGAUGGUUAUUGUGCUGUUGGAUUCAACCCAUAUUUGUGGCCACCUAGAAAAGGUGGGCAUCCCCUUUUCUAAGACGGUUAUUGUAUGACCGUCGUAGAAAUGCAGAUAUAGUAUGUUGAUACUAAGAUGGUCUCUUCCUUUUCCAUUUCGCUGCAAUUCGUCUUCCAAGAAGCAAAGAAAUCCAUUGAUGAAGAAGAUCCUAGGCCUACAAGUUCCAAUGGAGCUUACAUCACUAUCCAUGCUCUUAAUAAUAAUAAGUAUAAACAAAUGAAAAUUGAAAGUGCAAAACCCAAGUUCCAGUUCGCUCAUUUAUUAUGCAUCAAAUUAAAAAAAAGUAAAUAAAAUAAAGUUCCAAUUUCACUCAAGCACAAACUGGGAAUUCUGUAAUUGAUUACAUUAUUACAGUGCUUAGGUUAGCUUAGCUUAGCUUUAGCUUCUAAAACCAUCUUUUCAUCUCAUUGACCAACUUCAUUUCUUCCUUUGAUAUUGCACAUCUCAAUAAUAUUACAAUCUUCAAAAGGGCUGUCCAAAAUCCCUGGCAUAUCAAUUACUUGGUACCUUAGGUGUUUAUAAUCAGUAUGACCCACAAAGAGAGACUUGGUAGUGAAAGCAUAGGGCUGUACAUUCACAUCAGCUCUUAUAAACAGUAGUCGUAUUUGGAUCAAUAGAGGGAAGCCUAGCCAUGUGUUGUCUAACCUGUUCUAAAUAAGCCAAACUCGAGCCAACCCUCUUGAUCACAUUGCACAUGCGGGCAAAAGCAACAACCUUAAGACAAUUGCACUGGUAAAGCAAGUCACCAUACUUCAAUAACUUGACAUAGUCUUUGGUUACUACGAUCUUAAGAGAUGUGUGAAGCACACAGGUGAUUUGACAUAUUCUCAUCAAAACUUUAAUGCAAAUAUUGCUAGAUUUUAGAGUAAAUUAACCUCCAACCAU